UCAGGUGUUUCAUAAAAACUCACCACGAGAGACUGAGGCAGGUUGCUUAUGAGAGCAUGCUCGCCCGUUGAUUAGGGUCGGAGCACACACACACAUAACAGCUAGCUGUCAAAAGUUCUAUGUAUUACGAAGUGUACUGUCUUGAAUGUGUUUUACUUGACUUCACUCCGGGAGUUGUGUCCUGCCGCUGGAACUCCUCGCCUAAGAACUGCCUUAGAUAUUUUAUACCAUGAACUACCCCAAGUGUUGUAAAAGUGCUCCGUGAAACCAGGAAGUGAAGCUGACUUUUUCAUCGCCGCCUUAAUGUUCAGCGCAUAAAAUUCUUGAUAAAUGAGAAUUGUUAAGUUUGAAGGUGAUUGGAUGCACAAUUGCUGCAUGAUACACAGCGUGGUAUUCAAUUUAAAAGUGCAGACUCUCAUCAAAUUAACACCACGUUUGAUUCGCUGAUGUUCGGUUUAUUUGGUCGGAAAAUCGGUUGAAAUUUUCAGUUCAAGCUGAAGAAAUCGUGCCCAAAAUCCAACGAUUCGGACCACUAACCAUGGAUAUGCAAAAAUUUACUCAGCAGAGAUGUGGAAAUUCUGUUGCAAAAGAAUUGCGUGUUAUGGAGGCGAAAGAACCAAUUCCUAAACAGUUAGGGAAUAAACGGAAACGAAAUUCAAUAUUAGACGAAAAGGAAUAUGAAUUGCAACAAAGUGCGAAGCGCAGAAAUAUCUCACCAUGCAAUUCGCCAGUCGUCUUGCAUAUUUUAUCUAACAGUUCGUCAGAAAUAUCUUCAUCAAUUUCAACCGCCGUAAUAGGAGAUACACUACGAACAUCGAUGGAGGACAAUGCGGAUAGCGAUGAUCCAGGUAGGCCGAUUAGCAGGGCUUCGUCACCGCUGUUUUGUCACUCGAACGCAACAUGUCGUUGUGUUGGUUGGCAUACUCGUGGUGACGUCACACCUCACGGCAAGCAGCCUUGUCGACGACUUCGGGAGUCGCUGAGCCCAGAAAUUGGUCUACAUUGUUGUAUUAAACCUACAGCUGAGUUACGAGCCUGUCCACUCCCGGCUUUGUCUUGGGCGAACGCUUUAGAUGUAUGGAAGGUUAUGUGUCAGAAAGAUGAAGCGGCAUGUGCAGAACGUUCAGCCCGUAUGCUUGAGAAUCAUCCUGGAUUACAGCCUCGAAUGCGGGCCAUUCUGCUGGAUUGGCUGAUUGAAGUUUGUGAAGUUUACAAAUUACAUAGAGAAACAUAUUACUUGGCGGUAGACUAUCUAGAUCGCUACUUGUCGGGAAAUAAAAAAAUACAGAAGACACAUUUGCAGUUGAUCGGUAUUACAUGCCUAUUCGUCGCUGCUAAGGUUGAAGAAAUCUACCCACCAAAGAUCGGAGAAUUCGCGUACGUAACUGACGGCGCUUGCCAAGAAGAAGAUAUUUUGCAGCAGGAACUUCUUUUACUGAAAGCUCUCGACUGGAAUAUAAGUCCCGUAACGAUACUGGGCUGGCUGGGUGUUUAUAUGCAAUUGAAAGUGAGCAACCGUACCCCAGCAUCGUUUGUAAAUCGUGAUAUGAGAAUAAUAGCGCAAACUAAUGUGGCUGCUCAUAAGCCAGACGUUAAUACAAAAAAAGAAAGCAUUGGUUUCACCAGUGAUGAAAGCUACACUCAUAGUAUUAGAAUUAGUCGAGUUGGCUGCAAACGGAAAUUAGAUGAUUCGCCAAGUUGUAGCAGUAAUACAAGUAAUGAAGCUAAAUCGUUGAAAUCUGGAGAUAAUGUUAUAAUUGGAAAAAGUGAUUUGGACGACGCAUUCAUUUACCCUCAAUUUUCCGGUUUAGAAUUUGUCCAAACGGCUCAACUUAUUGAUUUGUGUUCAUUGGAUCUAGGGUUUGCGAAUUUUUCAUAUUCAGUAAUUGCAGCAGCUGCUAUAAGUCAUACGUUCACGUGGGAAAUUGCUGUCCGUGUUUCGGGAUUCGAUUGGAACGUGAUAGCUCCUUGUUCACAAUGGAUGGCACCGUUUUUUGAUGUUACUAGAGAGGAAUCACAACACCUACAUUUGUUAGAAUCGAACGAGCAAGUGAAAUCAAAAUAUGGUUUGGGUCACAUUUGUCCAAAUAUUGUAACAGAUGAUUCGCACAUCAUUCAGACUCACACUACUUCAAUUGAUAUGUUCGAUAAAGCUAUCACACGCCGUGACUAUUAUUUGACAACAUUGGGUCACAAUGGGCAAGAAUCCUCUCCGGCACUUCCACCGCGAUGUCCUGAGGGGCUGCUCACUCCUCCCUCAUCAAGCCGCAAAUCUUUGGAUGUUGAGUCAGAAGCGGAAGCAAGUGUUUAAGUAUUAUUAUUGUUAUUUAUUAUGUCUAAAUCAAUUGUGUAGAUUACUGAUUGUAAAAUGUGCAUAAGUUGUAUAAUGUAAAUAAGUGGUUAAUGCGUAUUUUCAUGUGUUUAUGUUUCAAAUAUAUAAAAAGAGAAAAUGUGCAUAUAUAUUUAGUUAUGAAAAAAAUUAGAUGAAACGUUUACUAUACUUUAAAAUUUUCGUUUGGUUUAAGUUUAUUGUUAUUAUUUGGUGUGAAACCUUUCACGUAGCCCUCAGAAAAUUUUAUACCAAAUUACUCAUUAGAAUAGCAUCAUAAAAUGCAAGGGAGUUUGUACUUUCUCUUUAAGAGUGAAAAUGGCUAUUACGUAGAACCUGAAUUAUUACUCUUGAUUACUCCUCGUUCCUUAUAUUAUGUUCUAGUUUGUUUGGAGAUAAAUAUUUUAUUUGCUUCAGACGACCUUUUUUUGUCGAAAGAAUUUUUCAAAUAUGCAUGUUUUCCAAAAUACUUUAUUAUUUACCAUUGAAAAUUAACAAUUAAUCUUCAAUAAACUCGAUUUCCAAUGGAAUUUGUAAAAUUCACACGAAUGAUGCCUUCAAAAUAUAAACUAAUUAAAUCCUAUUACGUACACAUUCGUCACAGCUGACAUUUCUUAAGAGGAUAUCUUAGCCGUAAAUUUAGAUAACGUUGUGAACAAAUGCAUGUGUAUCAAUAAUGCAUGCGUUCUAACUACUACUUUUAAGUGUCAUUGAAAGAAAACGAAAACGCGGUGUCUACUUUUUCGAUAUUCCAACAAACCAUUUUUUAUUGAAGUUACUUUAUGUCAAAAUUGAAUUUUUGGAGUUACAAGACACUAUUUUCAUAAUUAGAAAAAUAAACGCUUAACGACUGGAAGUUAA